AUGGUUCACGGUUUUAAGACUAUCACAAAACACGCACUUUCCAUCAACAACAAGCUUCAUUUACAACAACUUAUCUUUCGUGGGAAGCCUCCCAAAAUUGAUCAUUCAUCCGCCAAAGGUAAUGCAGAUCCUAAUUGCGGGACUAGGCCUGUGGAGCUCAUGGGUAAUGCAGAAGAAAUAGCCAAAGGUGAGCAGUUGAUAAAUGAUGCUGAAGCAGGAGGUUCUGUCAUAGUUUCUCGAAGAUUGACAGGAGAUGCUGGGAGUGAACAUUUUGAAAUGAAGAUACCGAAUAACAAGGUUGGUCUGGUGAUUGGUAAAGGUGGUGAAACAAUUAAAAAUAUGCAAGCUAGGACUGGAGCUCGGAUUCAGGUGAUCCCGCUGUACUUACCACCCGGUGAUCCAUCAACGGAAAGGACAUUACAUAUAGAUGGGACUUCCGAACAGAUUAAAAAUGCAAGAGAAUUGGUUGAUGAGGUCAUAAGUGAGAAUCGUAUGAGAAAUCCGGGAAUGGCAGGAGGCUAUCAACAGCAAGGUUAUCAAGCACGACCACCUGCAAGCUGGGGCCAAGGGGAUCCUCCAAUGCAGCAACCUGGCUAUGGUUAUAUGCAAUCUGGUGGAUAUCCUGACCCAUCACCACAGUAUAACAUGUCUCAGCCACCCUAUGGGGGAUAUCCUUCCCAACCAUCGUCUGGUGGAUAUGGCUCUGGUGGCUGGGACCAGUCAGCUAUGCCACCGAGCACACACAGUUCUUCUGCAGGUGGUUAUGAUUACUAUUAUCAACAGCCUUCUUCACAGCAGCAGCAAGCACCUGGUGGUUCAGCAGCUCCUGCCGAUGGCAGUGGUUACCAUUACAGUCAACCUGGACAAGGUUAUGCUCAGGAUGGCUAUGGGGGAUUCCAUGCACCUCCACAAUCAGGUUAUGGGCAGCCAUCAUCAUAUGAACAACAAGGUUAUGUCUCUGCAUGGAGCUAUGAUACUACGCCAAACCCAAGUCAAGAGGGUCAAACUCCUUCCUACGGCGGUCAAGGGGAUUCUGGCCAAGCACCUACUUCCCAACCAUCUGCAAUGGGCCAACAAGGGUACAAUAUAAGUCAGAUGCCUAGCCCAAAUCCUGGCAGUUAUCCCCCUCAAGGAAGUACUCAAGCUGGUUACGGGGUGCCCCCAACUUUCCAGGCUGGUUAUGGGAGUCAACCACCAGCUCUAUGGACCACCACAGGGGCAGAAACCAGUGGUUAUUGGUUAAUCAUCCUGCCUAUGGAUAGGCACAGCAGUUGCCUCCCACCCAGGAAGAAUCAUCCUGCCUAUGGACAGGCACAGCAGUUGCCUCCCACCCAGGAAGCUAUGGCCAGCCAGGAUAUCAUUCGCAGCCACCAUCAUCAGGUCAACCGGAAUCAGGCUCACAACGCACCCAAUCAUCUCCUUAUGGCACUGCAUCGGCUCAGCCAGGAUAUGCUGCCGCACCCUUUGGAGCACCAUAUAACCCCUCUUAUGGUGGCGGUUACUCGCAGCCUCCAACAUAUCCUGUUGAAGGCAAUGGAAUUGGGAGCACUCAUGGAACUUAUGAGGCAGCACCAGCUUCUCAAACUGGUGUAUCAUUUCCUUCGGCUUUGGGGAGACUGA